AUGUCUCUCGAUCCUGGCUCCAGAAUUCCAUCCCCCUUAAGCUCUGGCCGCUCAUCACCUCAGCCAAGACCGAACUAUAUCAGAGAACAUCAGUUAACAAGUUGGUCUGCAGAAGUUACGAGAAAAGACCCGAAAUACAAACGAUAUUCUACGACCAUUGAUCGUGCACUUUCUCUAUUCGAGAGCUAUAGUCUACAAGAAUGGGCUGAUUAUAUCUCGUUUCUCGGCCGACUUCUCAAGGCACUCCAAUCUCACCCCUCACUUCCUUUAAUACCGUCAAAAACCCUUAUAGCAAAACGACUAGCACAGUGCCUAAAUCCGCAACUUCCCUCUGGAGUUCACCAGAAGACAAUUGAGGUUUAUUCCUACAUAUUCUCUAUGAUUGGGCGUGAGGGCCUUGCGGCAGACCUGACCCUGUGGACACCCGGUUUGGCACCAGUUCUCUCAUACGCAUCCCUGACCUUAAAGCCCCAUUAUCUUACGCUUCUCGAGAGAUUUUACCUUCCCCUUUCGACCGCUUUACGGCCGGCUCUAAAAGGCUUAAUAUUAGCCUUACUUCCUGGUAUUGACGAGGAGGGCGGUGAAUACUUUGACCGAACACUGGCCUUGAUAGACGAAAUUCGAAAUGGGGUUUGUGAUGAUGCAUAUUUCUGGCAGUGCUUCUUAUUAGCUACCAUCACAAGCCCAGGCAGGCGGCAGGGGGCGCUAGCUUUCCUGGGAAGGAGACUCCCAAAACUGGAUCCCGAAAGAAGUGGAGAUAAUUUGGAGUCGGGAGGAAGUGGUUCUGAAGCCUUAAUUAGCCCGGAACCUGGACUUUUGAUUAGGGCCUUUUGUGCGGGCCUGAAUGAUGAGCAGAUCUUGGUUCAACGAGGUUUCCUGGACUUACUGGUGGGGUCACUCCCGCUUUGCUCAAAAAUACUGCAAGGGCGGGUGAGCAAACCUGAUCUUGAGCUUCUAGUAACCUCAGCAGCUGGGGUGGUUUUACGGAGAGAUAUGUCGCUUAAUCGUCGCCUCUGGGCCUGGUAUCUCGGACCGGAAGGACACGAACGGCGCGAGAACGAUUACUUUGGAAAAUGUGGUCUCGGUGCCUUGAUCGGAGGGUUGGAAAAGAUGCUCGAUCAGCCUACGGGGGCUAGUUCUAUUGAACGGGCAAAGCCGUACAGGAUAUGCCUUUCUUUAAUGGAUCGCUGGGAGGUUGGUUCUUUGGUUGUCCCCAAACUGUUUUUGCCUGUGAUCGAAAGCGUAAGGCAAUAUGAGAAAUCGGCACCGAGUAAGGAAGUUUAUACAGAAGUCCUCAAGAGUGCCCGAAUGUUUUUUGAUGGGGUUGAAGCAUCACUCAUUUGGGGUCAAAUAUUGGAAAAGGUUACUCGGGCGUUUUCAGCCGGGGAAGGAACGGAAGCAGAAGAGAUAUUGGAGGGUGUGCGUUUUGUUAUCAGAACUUUCAAUGUGAAUGAGGAAGAGAUGGUGGUACUACAUACUCCCUUAUUGGUACUAGCAAUACUCGUAGAGCUGGGGAAAGUCUCUGGGGGCCUUGGAAAAGCAUUGCAAGCAAAGGGGCUCAGGAUUGCCGAAGACCUAUGGCGAAUGGUCCCCGAGAGAGUCUUCAUUACAACACCGGCACAGGGGACUUCAGAACUAGAGCACGCAGACAACGCAAUGAUCAUGGAAGGGGUACAGCAGUUUUAUAGAUAUAGUGGAGGAUCCGCAGCUGGACCGCCAUUCUCCAUCCAGAAUGUAGGUCAAUGGAUUCUUCGAGAAGCUGCCAGGGCAGCCCAAAGCGCCUUGACAGAUCCCAAAAACGAUGAAGACAUAAGGGUACGGUGCCACUUACUAGUCAGUGUUAUCCAGAAAACCCCCCAGUUCCAAUGCUGGAAGGAAUCAACACAGCUCGCCCAAUCUUUCCUCACCGUUCUGUCGAAUCCAGUUGUGUCUUUUGCCGCAUUACAAGGAAUCGCGAAUGUGGUGGCUCCUUUGUACAUUAAGAGUUACAUAUCACCGCAUGAUAUUGGGUCCCUGAUCCUGCCUAUUAUUAAACAUGUCUGGGGCUAUUUGUCACCUGAUAGACCCAAAUUUCAUGUGGAAGCGGUAAAAGUAAUUUGGAACCUUCAGAUGGUCCUAGCGGAUAGAAAAAUAGAAGCCGCAAUUGCAACUGUGAUGACCGAAGGCGAUGUUGGUGGCGUCUAUUCCUCAAGGAACGCUGAGCAUGGAAAGAAAUUCGGUGUGCUCUGGAUGCACAGUAGCAAUCACCCCAGUAGUGCAAGCGGGUUAGAAAUGGUCUUGACAAGACCAUUGUUCUUAUUCCUGGAUGCAUUAGGGGAUGACGGAUUAGAGGUGGCUGUCUUCGCUCGCGGCUGGCUACAGAAUCUUGGGAGUGUUUAUAGACUGUUCAGCGUAUUCAUUACAAAGCUUCUUGGAUUGGGUUUCCUGAGAGAUCCCGGCCAGAGAGAUGCCAACGGCGCACCAAUUAGAAGACAGCCAUUCGGGGAAAACGAUGAUUUGGAGAUAGCUACCUACUACUUCCAGACGCUGUCAAACAUCCUACAGUAUUCCACAAACACAGUACUAGCCGCCCUGGCAAGUGAAUUGGUCAUUGGGGCCGAUGAGGCUCGGGCUAAAGUUCUUGUGGAAGCUGGAUACGGAGAAGAUGAUAUGACCCUUCAAACAUUUUUUGUCAAAGCUGCCGUGCGAGCCAUUGAUGGUGAUGCCAAAGAGAAAAAAGAUGUCGGGCGAGUAUCUCGCCUUCAUAGGAUAGCAUUGAAAGUGCUACACCAACUGCUCCUAAGCCCUUUUGUAAAACCGCUCAUGGAUAUGGAGCUCGAGAACGUUCUCACUGCCCGGCUCAUUUCAGCGCUAGACGUUACGGACACAUAUGUGCAGGUUUCAUUAUUGGACGUAUUAUUUGCAGCGCUGAAGCUUUCUUUGAUGAGACCUGCGAGCCAAUUGGGGCAAAUCAAAAAGGAUACUGGAAGUAUUAAAGGAGGACGGGCACCAAUAUCCAUUGAGCCAGAGAAAACGAUGAUAGCACCGCCCAAGGCUACACCACCACAGCAGCUUCUUAAAUGCCUUAUCGGUGGAUUUUCCAGCUCGAGUAGUCGACCGGUGUUGGACAGUUGGGUCAAUUUCUUGACCGAGUGCUUGCCCUUGUUGGAGAACGUUAUAUUUCAAAUUCUAAUGCCACUGGUUGAGUGUCUAUGCGAACAAAUAAGACAAACCUUUCAUACAUUAAAGCAGGUCUUCAGUCAGGGGGAACACAAUGGCUCGACUUCAUUAGUUAAUAGUCCGGAAGGCACCUUGGUUGCUCUUCUGCAUGGCCUUGAACAGAUACUUGCGGCAGCUCAUGAUAAACUUGUUAAUGAAGAGAUCAAGAGUGCUGGGGCCAGUGCGAAAAGCCCUGAUGCGCCAACAGCUAGCACAUUCUUCGGUAACAUGGUUAGCGGUGUCUUUGCGGUCGAAAGUCCGCAACAUAGAAGCUCAGCAGCCAAUAACCGCCUCACGGUGCUUCUUUGUUUCAAAGAUACUGUGAAAAGCUGCUAUGCAAUCUGGAGUUGGGGCGAUUCUCACGCAAUCAAUGGGGAAAGUGAGCCGGAUCCCGGCAGCAAGGAGAGUUGGCAAUAUAUCAUUGUGCGAAUGAGAGGGCGUGCCCGCAGGAUUCUGGAGCAUCUCUUUGGCGCGGAAACGCUUGAAUGUUUGGAGACUUUGAUUGAACUCUGGCCCGCCAAAUCGACACCAGCAAGCGAUGUCAAGAAAACUGGGGGUGUGUUCAGACUUAUCAAUGUACUUGAUGGAUCGAGGCCCAAGCACACGAUUCCCGCUAUUUUUAAUGCCAUCUACUCAAGAACAAAUCCGGCUGCGCUAGAACCGAACCGUAAAUCGGCACUCACCGCUGAACUUCAAGACCUUGAUGUCGUAGUUUUCUUAGUAGAAUACGCUCGCAGUUUAGAGGAUGAUGCUAUGGACGAAAUCUGGGCAGAUUGCAUGGUCUUCUUGAAAGAUGUUCUUGCCAACCCAUUCCCACACCGUCAGACAUUGCCAGGUUUACUAAGCUUCACGGCCAUCCUAGGAGAAAAGGUAGACAAUACCAACUUUGGAGAACAGAGGCGAAUGAGAAAGGAGCUAGGGGAUCUUUUCACUAGGCUGCUAACUGCAGCAUUCACGGUCAAGCCCAUUGGCCAGAAUGUGCUAGAAUCGCCAGCACCAGUUGCUGGAGGAGAUAGAGAUAAAGAGAGGGAGAUGGAAAAGGAAAGCGACGGAGGUAAUAAGGGGGAUCGAGCUAGUAGGGGGAAAACGCCCCCGGUCGAUAUUGUAGCCGUCUUGGUAUCUACCGUGCCAGAACUUCGCAAGGUCCUCGUCGAGCCCGAUAGGGUGGUCGCUGCCUCCAUUGCAAUCUCGGCCAACGUAAUAGGUCCAACCUUCAGGUCCAAAUCAUUUCCGCACAAUGUCACAGGGGGGGUACUCGAUCUUUUGUACCAACUCACACGAUUGCCUAAUAAUCAAAAGGCCUGGAAAAAGGAACUCUCCGACGCUUUCCUUGAUCCCAAAUUCUUCUCAUCAUCAAUCUCACUUGUUAGAAGCAGCUGGGUUCCGUUAGCUCGACAACUCCUCGUAAGUGAACGAGAACGCAUGACGGAGCUUCUAGGGAGAAUCACCCCGCCUACAACAGCGGGUGUUCUUUUCGGAGUGGGUGCCACCUCGGCACGACAGGAGGCCGAUAAAAAGACUCAACUUAACCUAAAAAGAAUUGCAUUCCUAAUAUUCGCGGCGGAGACAGACACUUUUAUUGUUAAUCUUCCUGAGCUAGAAGACAAGCUGGUCGAAUUACUAUCUGCCACGGCAGUAACUUCACCAUCCUCGGCCACGAGAGGGGAUAUCUAUCUCGUCUUCCGGGCAUUAGCUCUUAGGACUUCUCCGGUGCAUAUUUCCUCCCUCUGGCCGCUUAUCAACACCGAAUUACAAUCCGCUCUAUCAUCUCUCUUCCCUGACGAGGAGAACGACAUAUACACAGACUCCUCUAUUCUGCAGGCUUGCAAACUCUUGGACACCCUAUUAGUUAUCGCUCCUGACGAGUUUCAAUUACACGAAUGGCUGUUCGUAACAGACACGAUAGAAGCAGUUUACCGCCCGAACGACUGGAAUCCAACCGCUCUCGUGGACCAAGUUGCAAGCGAACUACCUUCUUCCUCCUCGCAUGGCACGAUGGUGGAGAAUCGGCGGAGGCCAUGGCUUACUGGUGAUCACGUUAGGGAAUUGGAAAAGGGUGGGGGUGACAUAAGAUCUGAGUUACUGAGGCCUUUCUUCAGUAACCUAAGUAUCUUCGUUUACGAAGCCACGUAUGGGAUGAAACCGCCGGAUACGGGGGCUUGUGAGGAUGCGGUUUUGAGAGAUCUUUUCUCGGAGGAGGGAUAGAUGGGAGUUGGUCAGACAAUCGGUGGACGGAUGUGGUUGCAACGUAUAUACUAGUAAUUACCGUACUUGAGUAGCAUACUUUAUGGCUGGCGAUAAAGCUAGCACCGCUCAAAGCAGGGGAUUG